AUGGAAGAUCCAAAUUUGGACUCAAUCCCCGCAUCCUCGAAUCAGGCGCUCAUUGCCGCAGCUGAGGCAUUAUACAAGUCACUGUGGGCUCGAUCGGUGUUCGCUGACUUGUUGAUCUUGAGAUAUAUUCUCUGUCAUGCGCACAAUUCCAGCGCGCCAUGGACCCAAUACUUUUCAGUUGUAGGCCAGGAAAUGAGACAGGCCGCCGUCGAGAAGAAGAUCCUAUGGCAAUAUGCAAAUCAUCUCAUCAGGAAAAAGCGAGGAGUCUGCACCCCGUACUACGGACUCUUUCAGCAUCCACCGGUGGCACUUGAGCCCUUGCCGGAAAUUUUCUGUCGUGGCGACACCGGCACAUGCACUACUUGGGCCGUGAGCUUCCACGAAGACAGCUGUAUUGACGGCCAAUUUGUGGACUACGAAGUUGGGCAUCGGCUUGUUUUUAAGAGGCUGGAUGAUGGAACCGCCGCCGUGAUCGAUUCUGGUGCGCAACGCCUCUUGUGCUUGAACAUAGGCGACAAAGUAAGCGCUGCUGGAAAGGGAAAGGAGCGGUGGCAUUGCACAGAAGGGGGCUCUCAUCAAAUACGAUCAGAACGAUCAACAUCACCUAGCGGACCGAGUAGACGCUAUAAAUGCCUGUAUUAUGCAGCUGUGGAGGAAGGCAGCAUACAUGAUUGUUAUUUACCGCUUGGAAGACAGAUUCAGUUUUCCGCCCGGCAUAGGGCAUACAAGCUUGUUCCAUCAGGGGGCCUAAAUGAAAAUGUUAAAGUGUCUUAUAUUCUUCUUGGUUACGGUAUUGAGAAGGACUUUUUAGUCGCCUCGACCUUCCUUGCGCGUUUUGCGUUUACGACUGUUGACGAUGUCAAAAACACUAUCGUGAAAGAACUAAUGACAAUCUUUGAGGCGGCAAGAAAGCAUUGGGGUCCACCACUUAUUGUUAACUUCUCUGCGGUCCGUAAAGUCGCCUGCGCCUCAUGGCCAGAUCCUUUUGAAGGCUAG